CCUAAUCCCAUGUAAUAACAACUGUAUAAUCCAAUCAAAAUCAUUUACAAUUCAACCCCAUGAAUCUUCCGGCAAUCUUCCUUAGAACAGGUCAAUCUCAAGUAUAAAUUUCAAUGACUAAGACCAAGUCAUCCCAUAUUCACAUUCAUCCCACUCUUGUACUAAUCAAUACACCCCCUACAUUUCAUAUUUUUCAACUAAAUUUCAUUUCAUUUUAUUUGCAUUUCAUUUCUUGAACUGUUCUUUGUUCCACCAUCAUGGCAAUAGGCAAUGAGCAAGUAAACCAGCUCAAGGAAAUUUUCACGCGCUUCGACAUGGACUCCGAUGGCAGCUUGACUCAGCUGGAGCUGGCGGCGCUGCUCCGGUCCAUAGGGUUAAGGCCUAAGGGUGAUCAGAUUCAUGCAUUGUUAACCAACAUGGAUGGAAAUGGGAACGGUUUAAUAGAGUUCGAAGAAUUGGUGGAGGCCAUUAUGCCUGAUGUCGACGAGGAAGUCAUGAUCAGCGAGGAUCAGCUGAUGGAGGUUUUUCGAUCGUUUGAUCGUGAUGGAAAUGGGUUUAUUACAGCUGCUGAGCUCGCGAAACAGAUGGCUAAAAUGGGACAUCCCUUGACGUAUCGCGAAUUGUCGGAAAUGAUGAGGGAAGCGGAUGCGAAUGGGGAUGGGGUGAUUAGUUUCAAUGAGUUUACAUCGAUUAUGGGAAAAUCUGCUAUUGAUUUUCUCGGCAUAACUGUGUCUUAGCUAUUAGUCUGUCUGGUAGUUGUUAAUUGUUAUUGUUAUCGUGAUCAUCGACGUUGUAAAUUUGAUUAUUUCUCCGAUUUUGUUCUUGACCAUAUUACUGACUGAAUGAAUGGAAAAAACACGUUUCAACUA